GUGAAGCUAGAGACACUGCGAUGGUAAGUGCAUAUGAGACCCAGUUGGUGUAAGAGAAUGCGUAUUGGAUGUGUAUACUCAUCCUCUGCGUGGCUGAUUGAUGCCCUUCAACAACCCCAGUGGAGCAGCAUGUCCCGAUGCUCUCGAUUGAAGAGAAUCGUUCACGCAUGCUUGCACUCCCGCGGAGGUGGAUGGCUCACACCUGCGAUUGUCCAGCUCGUCGCCAACACAUUUCUGCAAACGACACGGCUCAUUCAGAAACUUGCCAUUCACAAACGCGCCGCCGUCAUUCUCGCAACGUCGAUAUAACGGGCUUCAACAACGCUCUUCCUCGCACUCUCAAUUCAGCCUUCGCAAAGGAAAGCAGCUAACUCAUACACUUAACUCUUCCUCAGCCAUGAUGACAGACGCGCUCCACGCCUUUCUCGACGAGCGACUCCGACUCUCUCUGACUGGGUCGAUUCCAGCAUCUCAGCUCGAC